AUGACACAUGAAAUUCCUCGGAUUCCAUCAAGCAUGCCUGAAAAACCACAGGAGGCCCCAACCGUCCCAGUACCCGCAGUGAGAAAGUCAAGACGUGGAAGAAGAUCAACCGUGCCACCGGAGCAACGUGAACACGUGAGACGGCUGAAAAAGCAGAAUAUGGAACGACGUCGCAGAGCUUGUAUAGCGGACAAAAUGAAUGCACUACAUUCGUUGGCCAUGAAUCUUAUCGGAGAAGACCCAGCACAAUACCAGAAAGCAGAGAAAGCAGAUCUGUUGAACAUGUGUUACAAUGUGUUCGAGCACUUGGUAACCAUAGUGAAUGAUGAACCGGUUACCUCCGCGACGGACCAAGCCGGUUUGAUGGGUUUAUAUAUGCCACGAUUUUACGAAUUGGUAGCCCCAGCGAUCAUCGGUCUUUGUAUUCGAGGACGUAUCGCUCGUUCUUUUACAGACAUGUACUGUCUGUAG